AUGUCAGAACAUGAACUCCCGUUCAAAGUCAAAGCUGUGUAUGACUAUACAUCUGAUUUUGAGGAUGAUUUAAGUUUCCAAGCAGGUCAAAUAAUAACAGUUUCAGCAGUCGAGGAUGAAGAGUGGUAUACUGGAACUUAUGAUGGUAAAUCCGGAAUGUUUCCUAAGAAUUUUGUUCAAAUUAUAAAAGAAAAGGCUUCAAUUCCACAUCAGUUAAAAGAAUCUCAUUUAACUACAGAGGAUCGUGAAGCUCAUGUUGAACCAAACCAAAAAGAUUCAAAUCAGGAUGAACAAAUUAUGAAACCAAAAUCUGAAGUUGGAAGCACAUUUAAGCUGGAAGAUGACUUGAAUACGAGUAAUAGAAAAAGCUUUGAAUCCAACAGAGAGAAGCUUCGGGCCACCGAGCUGAAUACACAGAAGCUUCCUAUACCAAUUGCACAAAAAGUGAACGACCCCUAUACUCUCAAAAAGCAGUUUCCAGCAUCAGGUAAAUCUCAUUACAUACCACAGGUAAAGCCGAGAGAUGAAUCCAAUCUUGUGAGUCACCCUCACUAUGAAUCUGUUCCUACCAGUGAAAUUGUCAAUGAGUCUACAAAGAGAGAAGACGAAAAGAACGAAGAAGGCCCUAAGAUUGGAUUGAAAGAGCGUAUUGCGUUGCUUCAAAAACGUCAGCAAGAAGAGGCUGAAAGAGAGGCCGCUGCAAUGAAGAAAAGAGAGGAAAAAAAGAAGGCAGCUCUUGAGCGAGAAAAGUUAAAGAAGCAAAAAGAAGAAGAAGAAGAGGAAGAAGAGGAAGAAGAAGAAGAAGAGACAAAAUAUCCUCAUCAAGAUGAGGUUGCAGCAGAUUUAGGUGAAGAGGAAAAUUUUGUGUCCCGAGUAGAAAAGCCUGAUGAAAGUCGAAACAAAUCUCAUUCUGAUGGAGCAUCGAUGGAAGACGAUAUCAAUAUAGCUGCUGAUGAAGAGGAUGUAGAGGAAGAUUUGGAUGAAUCCGAAGAUGAAGAACUAAAGAGAAAGAAAUUGGUGGAGAGAAUGGCAAAGAUAUCAGGUGGAAGGAAUAUGUUCGGGAUGAUGGGAAUGACACCUUCUUUUGGCGCUCCGCCAUCUAAACAAUCGAAGGAUGACCACCAUAUUUCAGAAGCGAGAAAAAGUGCUGAAAAAAGAGUCACAGGUAAUCAAGAACCUACGCAGACUAUACCGACCCCACCUUUCACCAAUACGGAAGCAUUAAAUAAAGGUGGGAACCUUGAUAAUGAGGAUCACAAUAUCGAAGAGUCGGAGAGUGACUAUGAUGAUGCUUACAAGAAGACCUCAGCCGUUGGUAACUCUGGGAAAAGAGAGUCUAUUUUGCCCGAAGCAGCCGAACUGUCAGACUCUGAAGAGAGCUUGCCGAAACCGAAGACAACUCGAGUUGUCCCUCCAGUACCUACAGUUCCUCAAACAUUCUCAUCUGAUAUUUCGUCUCAUAGAGAAGAGAUAGGAGAUACUGACGAGAUUACACUUAACAGAUCUUCUUUAGAAGCAGAACCCACGGGAUAUGAUGCAGACGAAGAUCUUUCUGAUUUGGCCAAAGUGCCUAGUUUAAAGAAUGUGCAUGUUUCUCCAGAUAAAGGUAACAGAAGCUCUAUAUCUUCUACAAGGAGUUCGAAAAGUAUUCACCAAGCGCCACCACCUGUACCAUCUGUACCUGCUGUACCUGUUUCUCCAAUCAUAUCUCAAUCCACUUCAAAUUCGCAAGAAUAUAAGAAGCUUCAAAAGGAUAGCUCCUUUCAUGAACCACCACCCUUACCACAAGAAGAUGUACCAUCUUUUAUGAAAGAACCCCAGCUGAAGACACAAGGCGGUAGCUCCAGCGACGAUGAAAAUGCGACUGAGCUCCAAAAAGAGAGCUUUGAUGAAGAUUUUUCAUUUGCCCCGUCCAUUCCAGCUAGAUCGAAAACUUUUCCAGCACAAGCUCCCGAAGUACCUCCUCCUGUUCCACGAGACCUUCCACCUCCUCCAGUUCCCCCAAUUUCAAAAAAUGUUCCGAAGAGGGCAGCGACAGAUAUUGACACUGUUUACUCCCCAACCUCUUUAACUGAGUCAAAAUAUGGUGUGCCGUUGUCGUCGAAUUCGCGUAAAUCAAUAGACUCCACAAUGUCAAGAAGUGGAAAACUGAGUCAGGACAGAUCCCAGGCGGAUGCUAUGCACGAUGACUUGGAAUAUGAGCUUGGAAAUAUUAACGAAAAUUCUAAGUGGUGGCUAAAAGGUGAUUUACCAGAUUUAUUAGCCUCGAAAGCAGGAAUUGAUCUCAUUUAUGAAAUUGACUUUAAUACUAUUACCAAAAGAGGUAACAGAGUCAUUAACUAUUGUGACUACUAUGUGUUAUUUUACGAUUUAUCGCAAUUGGUCUUUGAAUUGGAAUAUGAGAAGGAAGAUCCUAGAUCGACUGUAAAACUCACAAACUACUUCACAAAACCGAUUCCAUUGAUAAGAAAAGAUUUUUUGGAUAAAUUUCACGUUGAUAACAGCUCAAACAUAAUUGGACAGGCGCUUUCUUUAUUGAAUUCAAAACUUUCUGAUAGUCUUGUACCUGCAAUAUUAAAGAAUUAUCCUAAUAUUUUGAAACCUAUUGGUACGAAAUCAUUUGGCGUAACGAUUUACAAGAAUAUCAAUAACAACAGUAUCGCGAAGAUUGAUGAGAUUAAAGGUGGUGACAUUCUUUGGAUUAAAAAUGGACAGUUCGCUAGUCAUAAGAGCUUGAUAGGCUCCGGUAAACCCAUUGUAUUAGGAGAGGGAGACCUGGUGUAUGCGGCAGUGAUUUAUGAAUUUGACCCGAAGAAGGAGAAAUUCAAGGUCAUAGAGCAGGAUAACUCUGGACUUGUAAGAAAAGAAAGUUAUAAACUUUCAGACUUCAAAGGUGGAAGAAUAAGAGUUUUCAGAGUUGUUCCCAGAAGCUACGUUGAAUGGUAG